UGGUGUAAUUUCACAGCCGUCCUGCUGGGGGGCAGAGGUGAGCUCUUCGUGCCCAUUCUCUACCGAGAACUCACGAGACAAGUCAAAAACAGCGCAUGCGUCUACCUCUGGUUUGUUCGACCUCUACAACAGACCGACAUUUGCCUGCUGCUCCGCCUGAUCCGACCCAGACGACCCAUCGCGAUGUACGCCUGUGCUAAGUUCGUCUCCACGCCCUCUCUGGUCCGUGCUGGAUCCCGGGUAAUUUACAGACCACUCUCUGCAGCAGUCGUCUCAGACAGCAGGAAAGCAGAGACCGCUUCACUGCUGGCACCUACUGCAGCCGCCCAGCAGCUGGUGGCGCUGCGGGGGUUCCAGACCAGCGCCGUGAGCCGCGAUGUUGACACAGCCGCAAAGUUCAUUGGAGCAGGAGCUGCCACCGUCGGCGUGGCUGGGUCUGGAGCCGGUAUAGGAACCGUGUUCGGCAGUCUUAUUAUUGGAUAUGCCAGGAACCCGUCUCUGAAGCAGCAGCUGUUCUCUUAUGCCAUCUUGGGCUUUGCCCUGUCUGAAGCUAUGGGUCUCUUCUGUCUGAUGGUUGCAUUCCUCAUUCUUUUUGCCAUGUAAACGCCUUGGCCCUUACUGUACAAGGACACAUCAUGUUAACAAGAGUAAGCAGUUGGAAAAGAAGGAUGAUUUCAGCUCAUUGUGUUUAAAUCUUAUCAGUGUUUCUUGGAAGAUAGUUAAUCUGAUGUUGGGGACCUCUGCUAAACUCAUGAUGGGUCUGAACUACUGUGUAUUGAAGGGUUUAACAAUCUUGCAGCCUGUAAUGGAAGUAAAACACUUAAUUCUU